AUGUUCUAUUCAGAGACACUCCUAUCCAAGACGGGCCCUCUGGCCCGCGUGUGGCUGUCGGCCAACAUCGAGCGCAAGUUGUCGAAGUCGCACAUUCUCCAGUCUGAUAUUGAAAGCAGUGUCAAUGCCAUUGUUGAUCAGGGCCAAGCGCCCAUGGCCUUGCGACUGAGUGGACAGCUAUUGCUUGGUGUUGUGCGUAUCUAUAGCCGUAAAGCUCGCUAUCUUUUGGACGAUUGCAAUGAGGCCUUGAUGAAGAUCAAAAUGGCCUUCCGUCUCACAAAUAACAAUGACUUGACAACAACAGUGGUAGCACCGGGUGGUAUUACUCUACCCGAUGUGCUGACCGAAUCUGAUCUGUUUACCAACUUGGAUACAUCUCUUCUGUUUCCUCAAAACUUGGAUUUGGAGCCUACAGGCAAGCAGCCUGGCUCAUUGGACUUUGGUACCCAGCUCUUAGGAGAUAGCACUUUUCGGCGAUCUAUGUCUCAGGAGCCUCUCCGGCUCGAGGACCCCUCAUUGGUUGAUCUGGACAUUGGUGAGCCCUUUGGAAAUGACACGACUAUGGAAAUCGGUCGAGAUGCUCCCGCUCCUCGUCCGAUGGAAGAGGACCUUCACAGUGACUCUGGAAAGCUUCUUGACAACGAUGACCUGGCUCUUGACAUUGGUGAUGACGGUCCUCUGUUGGAUAACAUGGAUAUUGAUGAUAACGAUCACAUGAACGUACCAAUGGACUUUGGAGGCGAGGAUGACUUUGGAGGUCAAACCCCUCGCGCCAAUGGUGAUGGCGACCGAUUCAACCGUGAUACCGAAAGCCCCCUGUCUGACGCAGGAUCCGUCCAAAUGCACCAGCUUGAAGAGGAAUAUAACCGUGAAGUCUCCGCUACUCCCGAACUUGCUGCUGCUGCCAAGCACGCUCAGCGUGCGAAGCGCCAGAAGGUCGAGGAUCUCAUCCCCGUCGACAAAUAUUCGCACUACUCUAAUAGCCAGGUUAAGGAACAGCAGUCGGAUCGAUCUGCCAUCCUCAAGCCUGCAACCUUCCUGCCCCGUGACCCGGUUCUUCUCACUCUUAUGACCCGUCAACAAAAUGGUGACUUCGUUUCCAGCAUUUUUGGCGAAGAUCGUGGCCGUGGAUGGGCUCCUGAGCUGCGCGGCCUGUUGUCACUGGAAUCAGUGAAGAAGGCUGGUGAGCUGAAGAGAAAGCGUGACAGCGGUAUUUCUGAUAUGGAUGUUGCGGCCGCCGAUGUUCCUGAGUUGGAACUUGGUGACGACGAAGCUAUUGUUGGCAUUGAUGAGGGCAUCGGUCUCGACACAACCCUCAACCAGCCUGAGAUUGAAUUCCCUGGUGAUGACGCUCAGGAUCUGCAUCUGAGUGAUGACGACGCCAUGGAUGCGCCUAUGGAUGAUAUGGACGACACCAUUCGCCCCGUGGACAACGAGCCUGUCUCCAUUGGUACACAGCACGCCGUUCACAUUCUACGUGAGCAGUUGGGUGACCCCGUGUCUUCUCAGAAAAAGAGUAUCUUGUUCCAGGACAUGCUUCCCGAACAGCGUUCCAGCAAGGCCGAUGCGACAAAGAUGUUCUUCGAGGUCUUAGUACUGGCCACCAAGGAUGCUGUCAAGCUUGACCAGGGUUCCAAGUCGAUUGGUGGUCCCCUCAAGAUUCAAGGCAAGCAAGGGCUCUGGGGCUCAUGGGCCGAGGAGAACGCUGCUGGUGCUGCCAGCCAAUUGAGCCAGGUUCUAUAG